UAACUGAAUGACUUCUCGGGUCGUGUGUGGAGUGUUUUGCUGUCUGUUCGUCACGUGGUACAGGAUGGAGUUUCUGAUACAUCUGGUGAUGCUCUCCUCUCUGUGUGGUUUGAUAACCGGAUAUACUGAUGGAGACAGAGUACAUGACUUGAUGUCCAAAUAUCCCCUUAUCGAUGGUCAUAAUGACCUAGCUCUCAAGCUGAGAAUCCUUCAUAACAAUCGACUGAGCAAAAUUGACCUUCAUAAUGUCAGCAAAGUGUCCACUGACAUCAACCGCCUCCAAGCAGGCCACGUACAAGCUCAGAUGUUUGCUGCCUAUGUGCUGUGUGCGGCCCAGGAGAAGGAUGCAGUGAGGCUGACCCUGGAACAAAUAGAUGUAAUCAGACGCAUGUGCACUGAGUACGGAGAGCUCCAGCUGGUCACAUCUGCCCAGGAGUUGAAGACUGCUGAGAUGAAGCACAAGCUAGCCUGUCUAAUAAGUAUUGAGGGAGGCCACUCCAUUGACAGCAGCCUUCCAGCCUUGCGUAUGUUCUAUCAGCUGGGGGUCCGCUCCAUGUCCCUCACACAUACCUGCAACACGCCGUGGGCUGAAUCCUCCUCGACUCUUCUUUAUGAUUUCUAUCAAAGAGAUAACAACAGCCUGACCGGGUUUGGUAAGGCAGUGGUGGAGGAGAUGAACAGGCUCGGGAUGAUAGUGGACCUCUCCCACACUUCUUGGGCCACAGCUCGUGCUGCUCUGAAGCUCUCCAAAGCCCCUGUCAUCUUCAGCCACUCGUCAUCCUACGACAUUUGUAACCACAGCCGCAACGUCCCCGACUGGCUGCUGCGUGAACUGAAAAACAAUGGAGGAAUCAUCAUGGUAAAUCUGUACAGUAGAUUUAUUGCCUGCAGAGACCACGCCAAUAUCUCGGCUGUAGCUGAUCAUUUUGACCACAUUAGGAAGGUGAUUGGCGCUGAGUCAAUAGGAAUUGGAGGGGACUUCGACGGUGCUGCAAACUUUCCUGUAGGGCUGGAGGAUGUCUCAAAGUAUCCCGCUCUAAUCCAGGAACUACUGCGGAGGAACUGGUCCGAGAUGGAAUUGGCCGGCGUCCUUCGACUCAACUUCCUGCGAGUCUUCGAGGAAGUGGAGAGAGUCCGUGAUGAAUUGACAGGCACUCUGCCAAGCGAGGCCGAGAGCCCGCCAGAGGAGGUGCAGAACCCCUGCAGGCUGGUCCUCAGACGACCCGACCUGGGUGGAGUGCAGUCUGACAAAGUAGUCUGGUCUAAGGCCCACAAUGAACCGCUAGGUCCCACGAGCCUGCGCCUCUGGGCUAUUAUUCUACUUCUUCCCAGCCUACUUGCACUUUAUUGAUUGAGAAUUAAUACUGCAGUUAAUACACUGCAAAUUGAUAUCCACCUUCACGAGACAUUUGAUCAUGUAUUGGGUUUUAAAAUCACCUUUUUUUUUUCAUAAAACUAGUGGAAAAAGAUCGAAUACUGGUAUGAAUGAUGCUACCUUGAUACUGCUUGGCAUAAUCUGAAGCAAUGUCAUUCCUUUAGGGUCUCUCUAUUGCUCUAGCUCGUUUUGGAGGAUUAGAUUCCCUGAAUUACCUCCCAUACAAAAGUAGAAUGCACUCAUAAUACUCAAUAAUACUAUAUGCUUUUUGGUAAAUGAGAUACACUACCGUUCAAAAGUUUGGGAUCACCCAAACAAUUUCGUGU